AUGUCGAAGCGAGCCGCGAUCGCAAAGGCGGCGGGAUUCGAGAGUAACGAGCGUCAGGCUGAGCAUCCUCUGCUCGCCAAAUCUACGGUCGUCAACCUCGCCAAGCACAUCGCAGGCGCCAUUGCAUCUGCGUCGAGCGGCAAGACAGCGAGACCAUCCCGGUCAGGAUGCGCUCAACUGGCGCUGCAGAUUCUCGUCGUUGCGGCAGGCCUUCGACGGGCUGCGCUAGUGGACGCGGUCGGCUUGAAUAUCCAGCAAGCUUCUGCAAUCAGCUUGAAGCUCGCUUCAAUCGGUCAGCAAGCGGGCGCAUCAGAUGGCGAAGACCUAGGUCAGGUGCGGUUGCUCUUCCACGCUCCCACCUCGCAGACGUUCGUCGUGAGUCGACGUAAGAGCCUUUGGACAGACGUAGCUGCCCUGUCAGAUGCCGAUGGCACAGACCAGGACGGCAAGGAUCCAGUGCGGUGGAUCGAUGCUCGCUACACGCCGGCGCACGCCUCGCCGACUUUGUCGAGUCCGGAUUCGCACGUCUCGCGCCUCCUGGCUUCGAUUCGGAAAGCGAUCCUCGAAGACAACGGGCACGACGUGCUGGUUGUCUCGCAGACCCCUGCAAAUCAGGCGUCCGAGAUGGCAAGCGAUGCUCAGCUGGCUGGAGUAGCGCUCGCUGGCUUCCUGCUAGAGUACGGUGCGGUCUACUGCAUCCACGAUUCAGCCUCUCUAGGCAUCGCUUCGCAGAGCGAGUACGACGUCCGGUCGCUCCACGCUCUUCUGGAAGCUCCGACCGAGCCUGCCUUCCUCGCCUCACCACCAAACUGCCUUGGAUCUCAACCACUUGCCCUCUUCAAGGUCUCUUGGUCCGACGAAGCAGGCUCAAGCUUCGAAUUGCUCUCGUUCUCGAUCCCUCAAUGCCUCAUCACAGAGGAUGACAUCGAACAACGACGCGCAUCUUUGCUCAGCGUCUUUCAAGAUCGAGGCGAAAUCGUCAGCCCGAAGAGUAUCUUUGCACGAGGCAGCAUGACUGUCAGGGUGUCUUGUGUCACAUUGAACCAGGUUGCGCUCUAG